UUGUGUAAAAAUUAAAUCUAUUUUUGUGGUAUAAAUGCCGGGAUAUGUGAGGGACCGGUUCCCCGACCUAUCGGCCGAAGAUCGGGACGAUUACACGUGUAGUAUAUGUCAGGAGAUAUUUAACACUCCGGUCACCACAACCUGUUGUCGGCAGACGUUUUGCGAGGACUGCAUCACUCAAUGGCUUCAAACAAACACUACCUGUCCUUACGAUAGGAAACCAUUAACAACGAGUCAAUUGUAUCAACCAUCAAGAGCAAUGGCCAACACUUUGGGUCGGUUUAGGAUUCGGUGCGACUACUGGACUAACGGGUGCCGCGAAGUGAUCAAACUCGAUGAUCUACCGCAGCAUACAGCCAACUGUCGCUAUAAAUCCGCAACAUGUGCGAAAUGUGAUGGCACAAUAAUACCUGGUCACGACUGUAUCGAAGUGUUACGGGCUAAGAUUGAGACACUUAGAGUGGUGAAUAAGCUCCUAACAAAAGAUCAUGAUCACUCCACUCAGUCCGAGCCUCAGCUACUGGACGAAUGUAGGCGACACCUGUCGGCACCGGUUGUGUUGGACAACACAAUGAGCGCCGAUAUGACCGACAAAACACUGGCUAUACUUAGGCAACAGUUGACGGAACAAAACAGCGUAUACUUUGUGUGUAGACAUGUGUGCGAAGGCCUGGAUCUGGAGUACGACAGCGAAUGGCACUGCACUGCCGACUGGAGGGGCGGUUAUGUCGGCCGUUAUUUGCAAGGACUGCUGAAUUGGCCGGUUUUGAAGGCCCGACUCAAGCAUAAGAAAAUUACUCGAAAAUUAAAUGAAAUCGACACAAAUAUGAAUGCAUCGAUGGUAUCGGUUGUGACGGACAUUGUGUUUGAGGCUAUCGACCGGUCGGACACUAUGAUACAUACAGUAAGUGCCAAAGAUAAUAACAAUAUGACCAAACGGUGCGAGUAUUGGGAUAACGGGUGCCGUCAAGUGGUCACACAAUGUGAUCUUAAGGAGCAUACAGACAACUGUCGCUAUCAGCGGACACAAUGUUUACAAUGCCAUUGCGUUCACAUAUGGGGACACAACUGCAUCGAAACUAUGCGGGCAGACAUCCUGGCAUUAAAACUCGCUGACAAUGAUGCAAAAAGUGAUCAUGGUGAUAAUUCCGGUCAUGAUAUUUUGUCAAUACACAAUCAAACGCUGUCUGACGACCAGAUACUGGCCGAGUGUAGACGACACCUGUUGGCACACGUAGUCAUAUACAACACAAUGAACGCCGAUAUGACCGACAAAACAUUGUCGAUAAUUAGGAAACAGUUGCGAAAACAAAGUAGCGUUUAUGAGGUGUGCAAACGUGUGGCACAGUAUAUGGAUCUCCAGUUUGGCACCGAUUGGCACUGUUUGGCCGACUUAACCGGCGAUAGUGUAGCAUAUUUUAAAUCGCCAAUGGUCAAAUAUUUCAAAGUCAAAUACACCCCGAUGACGUUCACUUUGUUUUAUUCUAAAAAGUUUGAUUUGGGAGUACUAAAGGCCCGUAUCAGGCAUAACACAAUUAUCCGCAAAUUAGACAUAAUUCGGACGGAUAUGAAUGAAUCGAUGCAAUCGGUUGUGACGGACAUUGUGUUUGAGGCCAUCAAACAAACAGACACUAUGAAUGAUACAAUGACCGACAUUAAGGUCAAAAUGCAGGCCAAAUAUCCUGCCCAAAAGUGGCGCGUAUACCUCGUGUGUAAACAUGUGUGUGAAUGUCUGGAUCUGGAGUACGACAGCGAAUGGCACUGCACUGCCGACUGGAGGGGCGGUUAUAUCGGUCACUAUAUGGACGGACAGCUGAAUUGGCUGGUUUUGAAGGCCCGACUCAAGCAUAAGAAAAUUACUCGAAAAUUAAAUGAAAUUGAAACCAAUAUGGAUGAGACGAUGGUAUCGGUUGUGACGGGCAUUAUGUUUGAUGGUAUCGACCGGUCGGACACUAUGAUAGAUGCAGUAGCCAAAGAUAAUAACAAUAUAACCGAACGGUACGAGUAUUGGGAUAACGGGUGCCGUCAAGUGGUCAAACAAAGUGAUCUUAAGAAGCAUACAGUCAACUGUCGCUAUAAGCGGACACAAUGUUCAAAAUGUCAUUGCGUUCACAGAUCGGGACACGACUGUAUUGAAUCGUUGCGGGCAGACAUCCUGGCAUUAAAACUCGCUGACAAUAAUGCGAGAAGUGGUCAUGGUAAUAAUUCCGUUAAUGGUAUUUCAUCAAUAAACAAUCACAUGUUGUCGGAAGAUCAGAUACUGGCCGAGUGUAGGCAACACCUGUCGGCACCGGUAGUUAUAUACAACAUAAUGAGCGUCGAUAUGACCGACAAAACACUGUCGAUAAUUAGGAAACAGUUGCGCAAACAAAGUAGCGUUUAUGAGGUGUGCAAACGUGUGGCACAGUAUAUGGACCUUCAAUUUGGAACUGAUUGGCACUGUUUGGCCGACUUAACUGGCGAUAGUGUAGCAUAUUUUAAGUCGUCUAUGGUCAAAUAUUUAAAAGUCAAAUACACCCCGAUGGCGUUCACUUUGUUUUAUUCUAAAAAGUUGGAUUUGGAAGUACUAAAGGGCCGCAUUAUGCGUAAGCUGUCCCGCGAGACCCGUCGGGCCAAAGACAACGAGAUAGCGAUUCGGGAGGUGUUUGCUAAACAAGAGAACCUUAAGCUCAGGUGCGAAAUCGCACAGUUGAUGACCGAGAUGACUAAACUCCGGUGUCACCUCAACUAUAGAUAA